AUGUCGGACCCUGUCGUGCGCGACCACGCUUUCUCCGAGCACGUCAAGAAGGAGAAGGAUUCUUCCAGCUCCGAUCACACCCCUUCAGAUAAUGUCCUCAGUGGUCCCAUCGAGGGCGAGGUGACGGAUUUCGAAGAGAGACGCACCGAUCUAGAGAAGCAAAAGACUGCCGAGGGCAACGCACACUUCAACCGUCUGGGAUGGAAACGUCUAACGGUUGUUCUCAUUGUUGAGGCCAUUGCUCUCGGGGCUCUGAGUUUGCCCGCGGCUUUUGCCUCUCUCGGCAUGGUUGCCGGUGUUAUAUGCUGUGUUGGUCUCGGUCUCAUCGCCAUCUACACGUCUGAUAUCGUUGGACAGGUCAAAAUUGCGUACCCGGAAGUUGCCCAUUAUGCAGACGCUGGACGGCUGCUAGCUGGUCGCCUUGGAUACGAAGUUGUCGGGGCCAUGUUCGUUUUGCAGCUGACUUUCCUUGUCGGAUCUCACUGUUUGACGGGCACCAUCGCUUUUCUCAACAUAACAGAAAACGGAGCUUGCUCAGUCGUCUUUGGCGUCGUCUCGGCUGUCCUCCUGCUUCUGCUUGCCAUCCCCCCUUCGUUUGCCGAGGUGGCCAUCCUGGGCUACGUCGAUUUCGUUUCAAUCCUGGUGGCCAUUGGUAUCACAAUUAUCGCUACAGGUGUUAGGGCUGGCCAGGCAGAGGGCGGCCUGUCCGCGGUUGGCUGGUCGGCUUGGCCCAAGGAGGGACUCACCUUUGCCGAAGGAUUUAUCGCCAUUACCAAUAUCUGCUUCGCGUAUAGUUUCUCCAUGUGCCAGUUCUCCUUUAUGGAUGAAAUGCACACCCCCACGGACUAUCCCAAGUCUAUCUGGGCGCUUGGUCUUAUUGAGAUCUUCAUUUACACUCUCACUGGUGCUCUCGUGUACUCGUUUGUCGGUGUCGAUGUCAAGUCCCCAUCACUGCUCUCUGCUGGACAUACUAUUUCUAAGAUUGCAUUUGGGGUUGCCCUGCCCGUCAUCUUCAUCUCUGGAUCGAUCAAUACAACUGUUAUUGGCCGAUAUAUCCACGGACGAAUUUACAAGGAUUCGAUUACCCGAUUUAUCAACACCCCCAAGGGUUGGGCGACCUGGUUUGCUGUUAUUAGCGCCAUUACUAUCGCCGCCUUCAUCAUUGCUGAGGUGAUUCCCUUCUUCAAUGAUCUGCUGUCGAUUUCCUCGUCCCUAUUCAUCUCUGGCUUCACAUUUUACCUGCCUGCAUGGAUGUGGUUCAAGCUCCUCAAAAAGGGGAGUUGGCACUCCCGAGAAAACCUGCUGCGAUCGAUUGCCAAUGCAGCCUGCUUCGUUAUUGGCAUUGUGGUUUUGGUGUGCGGCACCUACGCCAGUGUUGACGACAUUAUACUGUCAUUCCAGACUGGCAGAACCAGAGGCGUCUUUACGUGCGCACCGAUUGCAUAA